CGAGGCUUUGGUGAUGUAAACGCAGGAAGCCCCGCCCAUUUGUGUUGUACAGCUACUUCCGGUGUAUGCGUGUGACCGAGAGAUCUGAGAUAGGAGCCGCUAGGUAGCGAGGUCACUAGAAUACAAGAUGGACAUGCAUUGGCUCAUAUUGUGCCUGAGCCUUUGGGCUACUUGUGCGUUGACCAAACCCACGGAGAAGAAAGAUCGCGUACACCACGACCCUCAGCUCAGUGACAAGGCGCACAAUGAUGCCCAGAACUUUGAUUAUGACCAUGAUGCUUUUCUGGGAGCUGAAGAGGCAAAAUCUUUUGACCAGCUGACUCCAGAGGAGAGCAAGGAAAGACUAGGAAAGAUUGUGGGUAAGAUAGAUGCAGACAAGGAUGGGCUGGUAACUGUCGAGGAGCUCAGGGACUGGAUUAAAUUUGCCCAGAAGCGGUGGAUUUAUGAGGACGUAGAUCGUCAGUGGAAAGGCCAUGAUCUUAAUGGGGACAACCUGGUUUCCUGGGAUGAAUAUAAAAAUGCUACCUACGGUUACAUCCUCGAUGACCCUGAUCCUGACAACAGCUUUAACUACAAGCAGAUGAUGAUUCGAGAUGAGCGGCGAUUUAAAAUGGCUGACAAGGAUGGCGACCUGAUUGCUACAAAAGAAGAGUUUACAGCUUUCCUGCACCCUGAGGAGUAUGACUACAUGAAGGAUAUUGUGGUGCUGGAAACAAUGGAAGAUAUUGAUAAAAACGGAGAUGGAGUUAUUGACUUGGAAGAAUAUAUAGGCGAUAUGUACAGUCACGACGGGGAUGCUGACGAGCCAGAGUGGGUGAGAACCGAGAGAGAGCAGUUUGUGGAGUUUAGAGAUAAAAACCGAGACGGUAAAAUGGAUAAAGAGGAGACAAAGGACUGGAUUCUCCCAUCUGACUACGAUCAUGCAGAGGCUGAGGCGCGCCAUCUUGUGUAUGAGUCUGACCAGAAUAAG